AUGUCUGUUUUUGGUGUGGACUUCGGUAAUCUUAAUUCCACCGUCGCAAUUACGCGCCAUGGAGGUGUUGACAUCGUGACCAAUGAAGUGAGUAGGCGAGAAACGACUACUAUUGUGUCUUUCCUGGAUAAUGAGCGUUUUAUUGGUGAACAAGGUCUUGACCGCUACGUACGUAACGCACAAAACACGGUUUUUCUGCUUAAGCGCUUUAUUGGCAUGUACAUGGAUGACCCCUUUCUUGAAGCAGAGCGUCGAUUCCUUACGUGUCAGAUUGAAGGCGAUAAGGAUGGCCGACUUAUGUUUGGUGUUAACUACUGCGGCAACAUGAAUUACUUUUACCCGGAGCAGGUUUUGGCUAUGCUUCUUCAGAGACUCCGUCUAUAUGUGAAUGCUGCCGCUGCUUCGGACUCAAAGCACUCUGUUGACGUUCGUGAUUGCGUAUUGACUGUCCCUUGUUACUAUACAUCAGAACAACGUCGUCUCAUGCUGCAGGCAUGCGAAAUUGCAGGGCUGAAUUGCUUGUCUCUCGUCAAUGACACCACCGCAGCAGGCAUUGACUACGGCAUUUUCCGAGGCUCUUCACUGGCUGAGACGGAGGCGGAGGGACAGGUGGUUGGUAUUCUUGACAUUGGAUACGGUACCACCAUCUUUGCCGUCGCGAAGUUCUGGCGUGGUCACCUCAAAGUUCUUGGUCGUACGUUUGACCGCCACCUUGGAACCCGUGAUCUUGACUACGAGCUUCUUAAAUACAUGGCGGCUGCGGUGAAGGAAAAGUACAAUGUGGAUGUUACCACCAACAAACGAGCGAAUCUUCGUCUUCUGCAGGCCUGCGAGCGACUUAAGUAUCUUCUUUCCGGAAAUCAAAUGGCGCCAUUAAAUGUGGAAAAUAUUAUGGAUAUUGACAUCAAUAUUCCCUCCUUCCAGCGGAGCACAUUUGAGGAGCUUGCGGCACCAUUGUUGGAACGUUUUAAGGAAAUUGUCCGGCGAGGCUUUGAAGAAUCCGGCGUACCGCCAGAAAAGUUCCACAGUAUCGAGAUGAUUGGGGGAGGUUGUCGUAUUCCGAUGUUCAAGCGAGCGACAGAGGAGCUCUUGGGACGUCCACCCAGCUUUACACUUAAUGCAUCGGAAACAGCGGCACGUGGUGCGGCCAUCACAGCAGCUAUUUUUUCGCCAAAGUUCAAAGUACGUGAGUUUGUCGUGAGUGAUGUUCCAACGUACCCGAUUAAACUCGGCUACUACUUGGAGAACGCAAUGAGCACAAGUGCUGUGCCAUUUUUGCCAGAUGUCAACAAAGUGGUGACGGUGCUCGGCGAGAAGGAUCACUUUCCCAAAUUGUUGGAGAUUACCAUCAAGAGUCCAGGCGGCUCUAAGAUAUAUGCCUUCUACGAUAAUGAGCAUCCGCUUGUAAAGAUGCAUCUGCCUUUGGAAAAAUUCAUCAUCGGUGAGUGGGAGAUUGGGAAGCCACCAAAGGGUUCGGCUGCUACGGAGGUGCGCGUACGUGUGCGUCUGCAUGCCAGCGGUCUUCUUCAUGUCGACUCUGCGUUUUCUGUGGAGACGUAUGAGGUGGAAGAACCUGCAACGGAAGAAAGUGAAAAGAAGGAUACUGCCGCUUCGAACAAAAGCGCGGAGUCGAAGAUUACCGACAAUGAGGAGGAAACAAGCGAGAAAAAGACAUCCGAAAAAAAAAUGGUAAAGAAGCAGAAACAGCGGCGUGUGGAGCUUACAGUUACACCGCGCCUUGACGUGAUUGGUCUUCCUGGUGACAUGGUGCUGCUAUUUCAGAAACAGGAGGUUGAGAUGAACGAACGGGACUUAUUGCUCAUCAAUACGCGGGAUAAAAAGAACGAAUUGGAGAGCUACAUCCUCGACAACCGCCCACGCAUUGCCGAUGGUGGCAUACUCGCAGAGUAUGUGACGAAGGAACAACAGGCGAAUUUCAUUCAACUCAGCAACGAGUAUGAAAAUUGGCUCUAUGAAGACGGUGCCGACGCAGAACUCAGCGCCUACGAGGAACGUGUCAAGAUACUCCGCGAGAUUGGUGACGCUGCGAACGCGCGACGAUUGAACUUUGAGGACAUUACUUUUGCGCUGGAAGCCUUUAAGACUGAAGUGUGUAAUGCACGGGAGUUGGCGCUGCAAACCAUUGGAAAGAUGGAGCACAUUACAGAGGAGGAGCUUCGCGCUGCGGCGAAGAAGUGUGAAGAGGCUUUGGAGUGGGCCGAGCGGGAGGUAAAGAAGUACCAGCAAGCUCCAAAGACAGCAGCACCCACCAUCACACGCAAAGACCUGCAGGAAAAACAGGUGAACGUCACAGGAAGCGUGAACGCCGUUGUGAAGCGUCCUGCACCGCCGAAGCCAAAGGAGACGAAGCCCACUGAAGCCAAGAAUGCCCCGGAGAGCGGAAACGAAGAGGAGGGGGCGAACACACAGCCGCCGGGAACUCAGGAGUCUUGGGUCGAGAAUGAAGAAGCAGCAAAGGGUGAUGACGCCCUUGACUGA